ACAUAGACAGUACUGUUGUUCUCGAUGAUUCCGUUGAUUUAAAAUUGCAACGACGUCACAAAAUUCAUCCGUGGAGGAAGUGUGAACAGUAGUGAACAAGAAGUAGUGCAUAUAUACAUUUAGCAGUGCACAACUCAAAGUCAGAUCUCCACCGUUUGUUGGAACAAGUCGUAUUUUCUUUGCCAUCCCAUCUGAAAUCCGAUCGCACAGAAUUCGACGAAACCGUUGUGAUACAUGGUUUUAUGUGUUUAGAUUACAACGAGUAAUAAAACUCUUUCUUCUCGUACAUCUGCCACGGGAGUGAGAUGACUAUUGCAUGACUAAGGAGAACAUUUCAGUUUUGUGUGUUAGAUAUCAUGUUUGAAUUUACCUAACUGUGCGAACAUGUUGAGAAAAUUAUCCGAAAGAGUUAUCCCUAUCCCUAUAAAUCUUUUGCACUUUCAAUCCUUCAAUUUGAUAAGGUCUUCAAAUUCAGUGGAAACUAUUUUCUUAAAAUUCCAGACCAUUUUUCUCUCAUAUACCCCUAAAAUAAUUUGUUGAUUUAAAAUGGAACGGCUAAGUGUGGACAAUUUGUCCUUGGGGAUGGGCAUCUUGGCCCGGAAAUCUCUGACCACGAGUGGUUCAAGAAAAGCGAGUCAAAUUUCUCUACUAAAUGACUCCUUUGCGGAACAUUACCAUCAAAUUGACGAUAGAAACUGGUCAUGGACGCAUCUCAGAGAAAGCUUUCGGCGUGACAAACUUGGUGCUUUAUAUGACCACUACCAGCGUCGCCUUCAAAAUUCAUAUUUUAAUGUAUUCCUCUUAGUUCAAGCUGUCCUUAGCUUAGCUUAUUUUGGAUUUUUAAUAUACGUUAGCCUAGUGUAUGCAACUCGCGACAUUGAGUUUGAAGGAUGUAAUUCCACAAUCACCAGCAUCAGUUGCACAGCAAAAGACAAUUUAGAACUUGCUGUUCCUGAAAUGGUCGUUCAUGUCAUAAUCUCAGUUCUUUGCAUUGCCAUAUUCAUGGCAGUAUUCAAUGAAACAUUAUUUCGGUCAAAUCCACAUUUACAAAUUGUGAUUUCAAUAAUCAUCUGUCUGGUGAUGUUAGUUGGUGAUCUGGGGCUAUCAGUGUAUUACUUCCAAAAUUACAGACUGAUUAGAACAACCUUUGCGUUCCAAACAAUUAUUAUCAUAUAUUUUUUUCUACCCGUGCCACAAAAACGACAGGCAAUUCUACUGGGAGCUGUAAGUUCCACAGCACAUUUGAUAAUUUCUGCAGUGUUUUACACCAGCGAUGAUCGAGAUCACGAAGUAUUCCCACUGGUUUUCGCCGAAGCCAUUUAUUAUUUUUGUGGAAAUGCGGUUGGAGUAUACUCACGACUCUUAUCAGAGAUUGCGAUUCGACGAGCAUUUAUGGAUCGGAGAGGCUACAUUAAGAGUACAAUUAAGAAGACGUAUGAAAAAGAUCAGGAGGAUCAACUCUUGCUCAGCAUCCUACCAGAGCACAUUUCUUCCAAAGUGCAACAAGAAUUGCGUAAUGCUAUUCAACAAAUUGCAGAGUCUCAAUCUCAAUCUUCCCAUCAUCGCAAUAGCACCGGAAGUUCUCACAAUCAGCACAUACACCACAAAAAACCAUUCAGUGAUUUAUUUGUCGAGAGACAUGAUAACGUCACCAUUAUUUUCUCCGAUAUCGUCAACUUUACGCCAUUGACUGUGAAAAUGCCAGCCGACGAAUUGGUCGAGACAUUAAACGAACUUUUCGGACGGUUCGAUGAGGCAGCCACCAGGAAUGGGUGUGUCAGAAUUAAAUUGUUGGGCGACUGCUAUUACUGUGUGUCUGGACUUAAUGAACCGACGCCAGAUCAUGCAAAAAAUUGUGUCAACUUGGGCUUUGAAAUGAUUGAAAUUAUUCAUCAAGUAGGCAUGCAAUACAGAAACAAAUUAAAGGUGGAUUUGGCGAUGCGAAUAGGCGUGCAUUCAGGAAAUAUUAUGAGCGGACUCUUGGGGAUUUACAAAUGGCAGUUUGAUAUUUGGUCAAGAGACGUUACAAUUGCGCAGCAUAUGGAACAAUCUGGAAAACCAGGACGAGUCCACAUAACAAAACAGACAAAAGCAUUCCUCGGAGAUGAUCUCCCAUAUAUAUGCAAACCAGCUUAUGGGAAGAUGAGGGACAAAUACUUGAGUGACAAUGACAUUGAGACGUACUUGAUAUCACCUCCCCGUAAACUCGAAAACAAUUCUGAUGCAGACCCUGAUGAUUUUGAGGAGGACGAAGUGGAAAAUGUGGUUGAAGAACUGACAAGUCCAAAUAGCACCAAGACAAAAUUUAAAGUUAAAGGCUUGGGUCCUUCUGCCCGCAGAGGAAGUCAAGCUUUGGGAAAAUCCGUUGAUCUAAUUCGACGAAAAUCAAUCAGAGCUAACCAAGAUAGAAGAAAUAACUUGUCUGGCAACGACGUGAUGCGAUAUUUGACCAUGUUGGACAAAGUGAACCAACAAAUGGAGAAAGCCAUUGAUGAAAUGCCCCUUCGAAAAUCAGAACAAUGGUGUCCCGGAGAAAGUCGCCAUAAGAAUAGCAUCACGAACCAAGUCAAUCCUUACACAAUGAGUUUUAAUGAAAUGGACUCUGAAAUUCACUUCCAAUCUCAACCGGAUCCGCUCUUCAAGUUCUACAUUGCCUGCUCCUUGUUUGUCCUCUUGUGUAUUGGAAUUGUACAGUCAGUCACGGUUCCUCCAGAACAUCUUAGCCUGUGGCUUUCAUUUGGUGGAGGUUUGAGCUGCCUCAUGAUUCUCAUCCCUUUUGUUUGGGUGGGAUAUAUUUGGAGUAGAAUUAAAGAUCCACAUCGGGAACUGGAUUACGUGCCUGAACCCGAAAACAAGCUCAUUCGAUUUUUCUUUAACACUUCCACACGAGUCUCUAGUAGUUGGAUAUGGAGAACUAUUUUGUACCUUUCAAUUUCUCUUUUGAUUUCCGCUUUUGCCAUUAUCGAUGUGUUGGAAUGUACGGCUGAGAAAUGCGAAUCGCCGUGGUAUUUCACAUUCAGUUGCUCUUUGGCAGUAUUGAUAAUAUUCGCCUUCUUCAGGAUCCAUUAUUUCUUGAAACUCCUCGUCAGUGUACUAAGUAUGACGGGAUACUUCACCAUAUUUAGUAUUCGCCAUGAAGUCUUUGCUCAAAACAAUGGUGUAAGCCCUGCCUUGUUCGCAGUAGAUCUUGAAAUGUAUUCUCAUAUCAUUUACUUAAUUUGGAUUCUUUUACUUCUACAUGUUAUGGAUCGCCAGAUGGAGUACAUUAAUCGUUUGGAUUUUGUGUGGAAGAGAAAAUUAACAGAGGAACACAAAGAAGCAUCCAUGACACACGCAGUUAAUACAAUACUCAUUCACAAUAUUCUCCCCACUCAAAUUGCAAAAAUAUAUUUGGACCCCAACCGAGCUGGAGAAGGUUAUAGUAGAACCUACAACAACGUGUCCAUCAUGUUUGCUAGCAUCCCAGACUUUAUGGAUUUUUACUCCGAAAAUGAUCUCAACAAGCAUGGGCUUGUGUGUCUCAACGUGCUGAAUCAAAUUAUUACUGAAUUUGAUCAGGCACUUUUUAAUCAUGUGGAUGUAGAGAAAAUCAAAGUAAUCGGAUCAUGUUAUAUGUGUGCGUGUGGUCUCGAAGUUCAUGAUACUGGACGACUUUCGACCACUUCAUUUGUGGGGGGUGAUGACGAAGAAUGUGUUCCAACCUGGCGAGAUUAUGGACGGCACACAAACGGGAUUGAAAAUAUUGAAAAAAGAAAAAAGACACUGUAUACAUUGGUCAACUUCGCGUCAGACAUGAUGGUAAAACUUCAAAUGAUCAACAGGGAAGCAUUUCAAGACUUUCAACUUCGAGUUGGGGUGGCAACAGGAUUAGUGGUGGCCGGUGUAGUCGGUGUGCAAAAACCAUUGUUUGACAUCUGGUCGGAUACGUGUAAUUUAGCGUCUCGCCUCGACUCUCAUGGUCAAACGGGGAAAGUUCAUGUUACCGAGUAUGGUGCAGAUCUUCUUGCACAGAGUGGAAUAAAAUGCGAAUUUCGUGGUGUUACGAAUAUCAAAGGAAAAGGAAAUAUGAGAACGUAUUUUGUCUGCAUGGACGAACACUAUAAAAUUCAAUAUAUCGAUAAUCCUGACGUUACGACUUCUGCUGCACUGGAUUACAGAAAUAAAGUUGAUUGUACUCAUUUAUGAAAGUUUAAUGUAUAUUCGUCUGUUUACUUUGUUAUAAACAUUAAAAUUCAUUGAAACACAUUGUCCGAAAUAGUAUAUUACUCAUCUUCUGAUUCUUCGGAUGCGGUUUCGAGCCACUCAAUAAAUUUUUGCACCUAGAUUUGUACGCAAAAUUUUA